UAGAGGAGCAGGUGGCUGCCGUGAGGCCCCCGUGCCAAGCUUCCUGUGUGUGCGCGGGCCGUGCUGGCUACCCCUUCCCGCCCCAGCUCGUUAGGCCACCCGGGCCUGGCCAACUCUAUGGCCCAGAACCCCGACGGCAUAUCCAGCGAGCUCCAAGGUGAGAUCACCAGGUUCCUGUGGCCCAAGGAGGCCGAACUGCUCCUUAGAACCUGGCUACCUCAGCAGGGUGCUGAGCGGAGUCAUGUCUUGGCCUUGCUGAGAUGGAGGGCCUACCUGCUGCACACUUGCCUCCCGCUGAGGGUGGAUUGCACAUUCAGCUAUCUGGAAGUCCAGGCCAUGAGUCUUCAGGAGACACCUCCACAGGUUACUUUUGAGCUGGAGUCCCUCCCUGAUCUGGUCUUGGAGUUUCCUGGUGUGGCUGCUUUGGAACAGCUGGCCCAGCAUGUAGCUGCAGCUAUCAAAAAAGCCUUCCCUCACUCGACGCUUGGGAAGCUUUUCCGGAAGCCCACCCCUCCUUCAAUGCUGGCUCGGCUUGAGAGAAGCAAUUCCUCCGAGUCCCUUGCACCCAGCAGCCCCUGUGGCGGCUUCUUGAAGUCGUAUGAGGCUCUGUGUGACUACAAUGGCUUCCCUUUCCGAGAGGAGAUUCAGUGGGAUAUAGACACCAUCUACCAUCGUCAGAGCUGCCGCCAUUUCUGCCUGGGAGAUUUCAGCCACCUUGGUAGCAGGGAUCUGGCUUUGAGUGUAGCUGCUCUGUCCUACAAUCGAUGGUUCCGGCGCCUUUCCUGUGUGGACAUGAAGCUGAGCCUCGAGGUCUCAGAACAGAUUCUGCACAUGAUGAGCCAGUCGUCCCACCUGGAGGAGUUGGUGCUGGAAACCUGUGGACUGAGAGGAGAUUUUGUCCGGAGACUGGCCCAAAUAUUGACAAGACAUCCAAACUCUGGGUUGCGGGAGCUCAGCCUAGCUGGAAACCUGCUGGAUGACAGAGGCAUGGCUGCACUUAGCAGACACCUAGAGCGUCGUCCAGGAGCUUUGAGGAAACUCAACCUAGCACAGACAGGGUUGACUGCACGAGGAAUGAGGGCUCUGGGCCAGGCACUGGCCACCAAUGCCGCCUUUGAUGCUACCUUGACCCACCUGGACAUUUCCGGGAAUCCUGGGGCACUGGGGACCUCUGAGGACAGUGGGGGCCUCUACAGUUUCCUGAGCCAUCCUAAUGUUCUGACGUUCCUGAAUCUUGCAGCCACUGACACCGCUCUGGAUGCUCUCUUUGCAGCACUGUCCUGCGGCUGCUGUGCCAGCCUCACCCACCUGGAUGCGUCAAGGAAUGUCUUCUCCCGCAUGAAGUCCCGGGCCCAGCCCGCCGCCAUGAAGCUUUUCCUCAGCCAGGCAAGGAUGCUUCGACACCUGAGCCUGGCAGGCUGCAAGUUGCCUCCUGAUGCACUCAGGGCUGUGCUAGAUGGCCUUGCACUCAACACACAUAUCUGCAACCUACACUUGGACCUCAGCACUUGUGAGCUGCGCUCAGCCGGCGCCCAGGUGAUACAAGACUUAGUAUGUGACGCAGGUGCUGUGAGCUCCUUGGAUCUGGCAGAUAAUGGUUUUGGUUCGGACAUGGUGACUCUCGUACUGGCCAUUGGAAGGAGCCGGUCCUUGAAACAUGUGGCACUUGGAAGGAACUUCAACGUCCGGUGCAAGGAGACAUUAGAUGACGUCCUGCACCGGAUCGUCCAGCUUAUGCAGGAUGACGACUGUCCUCUGCAAUCGCUAUCUGUGGCUGAGUCACGGCUGAAGCUGGGCGCCAGCGUCCUGCUCCAGGCCCUGGGAACCAAUCCAAACUUGACAGCGCUGGAUAUCAGUGGCAAUGCGAUCGGGGAUGUCGGAGCCAAGAUGCUAGCCAAAGCGCUGCGAGUCAACACUAGGCUCCGGUCUGUGAUCUGGGACCGGAACCACACAUCUGCUCUGGGCCUGCUGGAUGUGGCUCAGGCCCUGGAGCAGAACCGCAGCCUGAAGUCCAUGCCUCUGCCACUGACGGACGUGACCCAGGCACAGCGCAGCCGCCCGGAACUGACAGCACGUGCAGUCAAUCAAAUCCAAGCCUGCCUCUUGAGGAACAACCGCACAGACCCCGUGUCCUCAGACUGUACAUCCCACCUUGAACCUUCAGGUCUGGUCUCCGACCGAUUAGAGCAGGAAGUGAACGAGUUGUGUCAGUCGCUGCAGGAGCACGUGGAGCUGCUGGGGUGCGGGGCAGGGCCCCAGGGCGAAGCUGCUGUGCACCAGGCCGAGGACGCCAUUCAGAACGCCAACUUCUCUCUCAGCAUUCUUCCUAUUUUAUAUGAGGCUGGGAGUUCCCCGAGCCAUCACUGGCAGCUUCAGCAGAAGCUGGAGGGCCUCCUGGAACAGGUGGGUGAGUUCUGCUGCCAGGACAUCCAGGACUUUACGCAGGCGACACUGGACACAACCAAACGCCUCUGCUCAUGGUUGCUGCAGGACCCUGGCUGGAGAGAGCAGCUAGAAAAGAUCCUGGUGGUCUCAAGUGGCCUCCCAGAGCUGCUUCCAGAGCAGCUGCUACAAGAUGCCUUCACCAGGCUCAGGGCUAUGAGGCUGUCCAUCACAGGAACGCUGGCAGAGAGCGUCGUGGCUCAGGCGCUGGUGGGUCUGAGUGCAGCCCGAGAUGAGCUGGUGGAGAGUCUGGCUCAGCAAGCACCACUAACAAUGCCCCCUACCAGACCGGCAGGGAGUGGAGGAGAACCCAGUCCCUUUGGGCCUGGGGAAAUGGAAGGUCUUUUUGUCCUGGAGAAGGAAGAAGAGGAAGAAAGGAAGGAGGACAGUCCCUCGGGGAAAUGGCCUGAGGCCGGCCACUGCCUUCGCCUAGCCCCCUUCCCUCACAGUGCUGCCGAGGAAGCGGAGCGGGGCCCCGAGCUGGCGGCUCCCGGGGAAGAUGCGGAGCCGCAGGCGGGGCCGUCCGCGCGCGGCUCCCCGAGCCCCGCCGCCCCCGGACCCCCCGCCGGCCCGCUGCCCCGCAUGGACCUGCCACCCUCCGGGCAGCCCCUGCGCCACCCGACCCGCGCCCGGCCACGGCCACGCCGCCAGCACCACCACCGCCCGCCGCCGGGGGGCCCCCAGGUGCCCCCAGCCCUGCCUCAAGAAGGGAAUGGGCUCAGCGCCCGCGUGGAUGAAGGUGUGGAGGAAUUCUUCUCCAAGAGGCUGAUCCAGCAGGAUCACCUCUGGGCCCCUGAGGAAGACCCAGCCACUGAAGGGGGUGCCACUCCUGUUCCCCGGACACUUCGCAAGAAGUUGGGCACCCUUUUUGCCUUUAAGAAGCCUCGUUCAACGAGGGGCCCGCGGCCUGAUCUAGAGACCAGCCCUGGGGCCGCUGCCCGUGCCAGAAAAACCACACUUGGGGACUUGCUGCGGCCACCACCCCGUCCUGGCCGUGGUGAGGAGUCUGGAGGAGCCGAGGGGGGCACCAGCAGCCCUGACCCCGCCCGCCGGAGCCGGCCUCGCUACACUCGGGAAAGCAAGGCCUACUCCAUGAUUCUACUGCCUGCCGAGGAGGAAGCAGCGUCCCUGGGUGCCAGGCCUGACAGGCGGCGGCCGCUUGAGCGAGGAGACACAGAACUGGCACCAUCCUUUGAACAGCGGGUACAAGUGAUGUUGCAGAGGAUCGGCGUGAGCCGGGGCAGCGGGGGUACCGAGGGCAAGAGGAAGCAGAGCAAAGAUGGGGAGAUCAAGAAAGCUGGCUCAGAUGGUGACAUUAUGGACAGUUCCACGGAGACCCCUCCCAUCUCAAUCAAGUCUCGCACUCACUCUGUGUCUGCUGACUCUUCAUGCAGACCUGGCCCAGGAAGCCAUGGGCCGGAAUCUACCACCUGGAAGACACUGGGGCAGCAGCUGAAUGCAGAGCUUAGAGGCCGUGGUUGGGGCCAACAGGAUGGUCCAGGCCCCCCUUCUCCUUGUCCUAGCCCAAGCCCCCGAAGAGGCAGCCCCUCUCCAGAUAUCCUUCGUCUCCCAGAGGACCCUUGCUUGGUCUCCAGGAAUGAAGAUGGCCAGUUGAGGCCACGGCCUCUCUCAGCAGGGCGACGAGCAGUGUCUGUGCAUGAGGACCAGCUCCAGGCCCCUGCUGAACGGCCCCUGCGGCUGCAGCGCUCCCCAGUCCUCAAGCGCAGGCCAAAACUUGAGGCACCCCCAUCCCCAAGCCUAGGAUCUGGCCUUGGAACCGAGCCUCUGCCCCCACAGCCCACAGAGCCCUCAAGCCCUGAACGGAGCCCACCCUCCCCAGCCACAGACCAAAGAGGCGGCGGCCCCAAUCCCUGAUCCUCUCCUGCCGCAUGAG